AUGGAAGAAAAUAUUUGUGGAAUUCAAGAGGCUAGAGCAGUUCAAGUUUCUCAGAUGUCUGACUCCACCGGCAGCGGGCAGUGGUUGGUAGAAGAGGGCGUCUACGAAUGUCGAUUAGUGGCUUCUAAGUCUAGGGUUGCUCCUCUCAAGAGAUUAACCAUACCGAGGCUUGAGCUGCAGGCAGCUGUCAUUGCAGCAAGACUGGCAGAGACAAUUGUGCAAGAGUUUACCUUUGAAUUCAAGGGCUUGUAUUUCUUCUCUGACAGCAUGAUCGUGUUGAGGUGGCUCAAGAAACCUCCUGGUUGGUUCAAGUUGUUUGUGUCGGUCAGGGUGGCCGAGAUUCAAGGCAAAACUGGAGGAGCAAGUUGGAGGCAUGUUGCAGGCACUGACAACCCGGCUGAUGACCUAUCUAAAGGUAUAAAUGAUCAAGGGUUGAAGAAGAGAUGGAUGUCAGGUCCAGAGUUUCUUACCAAGCCAGAGGGAGAAUGGCCUCAACGGUUUGAAGACCAGGGCUGUGAUGAAGGUGAAGAAGCAAAGGCAAUCUUCACUGGUAGUGUAAAUGUUCAGCAAGAUGUAGAUAUUGGUAUCGACGAUAUCCAGAGCUGGGAGGAGUUGCUAGAGGCUUAUAAAAGGCAGAUCAAUAAUGGAAGCGUAUUAGAGGUUGCAGAUAUUCAGAAUCUAGAGGCGGAGAUGCUCAGAAGGGUCCAGAAGGAGUUUCCCUGA